AUGGAGGAUCAAGAUGAUGUGGAGACCAUUGAUGUCUAUCUUGAGCCUGACCCGGAAGAUGAAGAGGAGGCACGCAGAAGACCAGUGAAAAGGAUCCGGGUUGAUGAUAGCCCCGAUGAAGAUGUGGAUGAUGAGAGCGGGCAGGACGAUGAAGGGGACAGCGAUUACUCUCCUCCGACACAUGGGAGGAACCUGAGGAGGCGCCGUCAGUAUUACUGCGCAGAGUGUGAGAAAUGUUUCAAACAUAGUAAUGCCCUGGAAGCCCACCGCCGGAUCCAUAAGAAUGAUAAAGGAUUUCCAUGUGACGUCUGCAACGCCCGUUUCUCUUUGAAAUCCGACCUAAUGGUUCAUCGCAGGCAGCAUGUGCCGAAUAACCAAUUUGAGAGUCCGCAAACGAGCCGAACACCCACCGAAAGCUCCAACUCAAGCGCCAGUAACAGCCCUCUGCUGGAUGAAAAGCCUCACCAGUGCAACUACUGCGAAAAGAGGUUCCGAGACAAGUCCAUCCUGGAAGCCCAUCAGAGAAUUCACACUGGAAAGCUUGCCUAUCCCUGCCCGGUGUGUGACGAGAGCUUCUCGAAGCCAGCUCUGCUUGCUGCUCACAGCAACAUUCACCGAGAGGGCAAACCUUUCCACUGCGACCAGUGUGAUAAAAAAUUCAACGAUCAGACGCUCCUGGUGGCCCACAAGAGGACCCACACUGGAGAAAAGCCGCAGAAGUGUAACCACUGCAACAAAUGGUUCCCUAACCGCAGCAGCCUGGAAGCCCAUGGUGAGUGCCACCUGAAACCCAAGCCGUACAAGUGCCGUCACUGCGAGAAGAGCUUCAACGACAAGUCCCUGCUCAUCACCCACGAGGGAGUGCACACAGACACUAAGCCCUUCAAGUGCACUCAAUGCAGUGAGAGCUUCUUCCUGAAGACGCAGCUGAUGGCCCACCAGGCCACCCACGCUCCUGAUAAACCGUUCCCAUGCAACCAGUGCGAGCGGAGCUUCAACAAAGAGGAGACCCUACUGGCUCACAUCCGGGUGCACAACAUGCAAAACGCCGAGAAGCCAAAACCCCUCAAUUAG